AUCGCCAGCGAGGUUGCGGCCGGCAUCGCCUUCCUCCACCGCAACAACGUGAUGCACCGCGACAUCAAGCCCUCCAACGUGCUCCUCGAUGGGUCGGCGCACGCCAAGGUGGCCGACUUUGGCAUCGCGGCGCUCAUCGACAAGACCUCUUCGCGGGCCUCGCCCUCCUCCUCCGCCUCCACCGCCACCGCCUCCUCGGCCUCGCCUCCCUCGCCAGGCCACACGGCCGGCAUCGGAACCCGAUACUUCAUGGCCACCGCACCCUCGCCCCCCUCCCACCCCAGCCGAGCGCCUCUUCACAUAGACGGCCGUGAGCAGGCGCCCGAGGUGCGCUCCUCCUCCUCGCUGGUCCAGCGGUCCGCCUACAACGAGCAGUGCGACGUCUACUCGUACGGGAUGCUGCUCUGGUCCCUCAUGCACCAGAGGCGACGCGCAUAG